AUGGAAGCCAGUCGGACUUUCUACGAAAGUAAAUUAUCUUUCGUUUCAGACAAUGCAAAUGUGAUUACGACAGCUGCUCUCUCGAAAAUUCCAAUCCUUGCUGCCCUCCUGGAUAAAGUUGCUUGUGCUUCUGUAACGCUUUCGGAUGCAUCCCUUCUGAAGGCUAUUGAAGCAAUGAUGAGGAUAUCGGACGAAAAUGUCGCUGUGGCGGCGACUGGUAGGGAGUGCUCACUCUUCCCAUUGGCAAUGCUCCUACGGUUCGCAUCUCUGAAUCUUCAUCGUCAGCAAGUCUUCUGGGACCGCGUCACGGCACACUUCAUCAAGGUCUGUGGCCAUAUAACUCCAUCCUUACGCGAAUGGGCGGCUGUUGCUUUGUCAAGCAUCAUCAAACAAGCGUUCAAAGCAAAAACUGGGCUAUCAGAAGCGGAACAUCAGGCUAUCACACUGAAGACACUGCGCUUGAUGUGCUCUAUUCACCAGGCGGAUGUGCAAAGACGUCAGCUUGACUGUUUGAUGGCGCUUCUCCAAACGGACGGUGCUCAACUUGUACCCGAGAUGUGGCAACAUGUAAUUUUCAUAGUUGCUGCCGUCGUUGAUGAAGAGAACUGCUGUGACGAAGCUCUGGUACGGCAGGGAUACCUCGGCCUGAGACUUGUGGCUGCGGACUUUCUUCCGUCACUUCCGUUCGAGUGUAUCUCCGUGUUGGUGGAAGCAGUCGCGCGAUAUGGAAGGCAAACGGCUGAUCACAACAUUUCCUUGUCAGCUCUCACUCAGCUGUGGACAAUCUCUGACUUUGUCUUUCGAAAGAGCGAAGUUGUGGGUGCUGAUGCAUCUGAAAAGGUUUGGCUGGUGCUGUAUACGUGCCUAUCUGAACUGUGUGUUGAUGUUCGGCCGUCUGUCCGCAAAAGUGCCUGCCAAACUCUUCUUCAAACGGUGGCCUCCCACGGCCAUGCUUUGCGGAUUAGCACAUGGAAUCAUAUGAUAUGGCAGAUCAUCAUGCCAUUGCUGGAUCGAGUUCGUGUGCAGACCCGAAGCGCAUCGACAGAGCGUGCAAGUGGCGCCCUUCUAAUGCAUCAUUCUCGAGAUACUCAACAGAAUGCGCAGCAUUUGAACUGCAAAAAUCAGUUUGAACUAAAUCCACCUUACGUACUAAGCUUUUCGAAAGGUUUCAGGCCAGAGGGAAGCUUAUGA